CGGCCGCGGGGAGGUGGCUGCGCUGGCGUAGACAGUCUCUAGCCAUGGUGGUGGUGACUACGGCGGCCAGCGCGGCCGCGGCGGCCCCCAAAGUGCUGCUCUUGUCCGGCCAGUCGGCCGCCGCCGCCGCCGCGGGAGUUCCGGGCGGCCGGACGCUGCCACUCAUGGUGCCGGGCCUGCGAGGAGCCGGGCCGGAGGCGAGCGGGGCGCCGCAGGCCCGCAAGCGGCAGCGCCUCACGCACCUGAGCCCAGAGGAGAAGGCGCUGCGGAGGAAACUGAAAAACAGAGUCGCAGCACAGACUGCCCGAGAUCGAAAGAAAGCUCGGAUGAGUGAGCUGGAACAGCAGGUGGUAGAUUUGGAAGAAGAGAACCAAAAACUUCUGUUAGAAAAUCAGCUUUUACGAGAGAAAACGCAUGGCCUUGUGAUUGAGAACCAGGAGUUAAGAAUGCGCUUGGGAAUGGAUGCUCUGGUUACUGAAGAGGAGCCAGAGGCAGAGACCAAGGGGAAUGGAGUGAGGCCGGUGGCCGGGUCUGCUGAGCGCAGCACUCAGACUACGUGCACCUCUGCAGCAGGUGCAGGCCCAGUUGUCACCUCCCCAGGACUUCUCCCCAUGGAUUCUGAUGCUGUUGACUCUUCAGACUGUGAGUCUGAUAUCCUUUUGGGCAUUCUGGACAAGUUGGACCCUGUCAUGUUUCUCAAAUGCCCUUCCCCAGAGUCUGCCAAUCUGGAGGAACUCCCAGAGGUCAACCCAGAAGAACCUAGUUCCUUACCAGCCUCCCUUUCUCUGUCAAUGGGGACCUCAUCAGCCAAGCUGGAAGCCAUUAAUGAACUCAUUCGUUUUGACCAUGUAUACACCAAGCCUCUAGUCUUAGAGAUCCCCUCUGAGACAGAGAGCCAAACUAAUGUGGUCGUGAAAAUUGAGGAAGCACCUCUCAGCCCCUCAGAGACAGAUCACCCUGAAUUCAUUGUCUCAGUGAAGAAAGAACCUUUGGAAGGUGACUUAAUUCCUGAACUGGGCAUCUCAAAUCUGCUUUCAUCUAGCCACUGUCUGAAGCCACCUUCUUGCCUGCUGGAUGCUUACAGUGACUGUAGCUAUGAGGGCUCCCCUUCCCCCUUCAGUGACAUGUCCUCUCCACUUGGUACAGACCAUUCUUGGGAGGACACUUUUGCCAAUGAACUCUUUCCCCAGCUGAUUAGUGUCUAAGGAGCCUCCCAACAUUGGGCCCUUUUCCUUGACUAUUACACUGCCUAGAGGAUAGCAGAGAGGCCUGUCUAUGCUUCACUGAAAAAGUCCAAAGUAGAGGUGUAUGGCCCUAGAGAAUGCCUCUAAAGUAUUUGUUCAGAACUUAUAGAGGAUUUUAAGUAUUGUGUUUUGAUAUUCAGCAGUCCAAGGUAUUCAAAGAUACUAUAUAAUUCUGAACUCCAGCUUUUGAGAUAGUAUUUUUAUCUUAAAGGUAGUAGUGUGCCCUAUAAUACUUAUAGCAAGGGUCAUUUGACAUGUGUCUUUAUAAUUAUUUUUGUCUCAAGUAGCCCAGGCUGGCCUCAAACUCACCUAUGUAGCUGAGGCUGACUGGAACCCCUGAGCCUCCUGCCUCCACCUCCCAGAUGCUGGGCAUACAGGUGUGUACCACCAUGCCUGCCUUCUGACAUGUCUUAAAGUGGACAUGGAAUUUAUGAACAGACUUUAUCAUUUCUCCCCUUCUCUGCAUCCCAGGUCUGCCUCUGGUUUUAGGUACUUUAGUUUGCUUUUACAAGCAGACCUGAGGGGGCUCCUUUUCCCUCACGUACAGUUCAAGUGAAGAUCAAGAAUCUUUGUAAAAUUAUAGAAAUUUACUAUGUAAAUGCUUGAUGGAAUCUUUUCCUGCUAGUGUAGCUUUUGGAAGGUGCUUUCUCCAUUUAUUUAAAAUGACCCAUGCAAUUAAAAAAGCAUCACAGCA